CUUGUGCCAGUGAUGCUAUCACUAAUGCAAUCAUUGUUCAUUAUUGUUCGUAACGUUGACGUAUCAUGGUACCUCGAAAUAUUUCGUGGCGUAGUGUGGCAGUUUAAUAUAUCGAUGUAUGACGACGUUAUACCCUCUUGUCGGUCGAGUUAACCAAUAGUGUGUAAUUGACGAAAUUUAUUGUGCCGGGGCUGAAAUACGUUACUUAUAACGUAGUUUCUAUGCAAUUUCUCGAAUCUUCUCUUACAAAUAUUUACCGAUUGUUUAGAGUUUAGAACGGAUUUUACAAAUGGCGAAAACAGCUAUGACGAUAUCACUUCUCUGUACUUUUUUGAUCGUGCACAGUGCCACAGCCUUUUAUUUACCGGGCUUGGCUCCUGUUAAUUACUGCAAGGCUGGAGAAACAUCGGAUACGUGCAAGUCAGAAAUCAAACUCUUUGUAAAUCGGUUGAACUCGGAAGCAUCAGUGAUACCAUAUGAAUAUGAUCAUUUUGACUUCUGUGCCUCAGAUGACACCCAAUCACCAGUUGAGAAUUUGGGUCAAGUUGUAUUUGGAGAACGUAUAAGACCCUCUCCAUAUAAACUUGAGUUUCUCAAAAACAAGACUUGUGAAGUAACAUGUACAAGAAAGUAUUCUGGCAAAGAUGAGACCUCCGAAAGGAAGCUAUGGUUUCUUAAGAAGGGAAUAGACCUCAAUUAUCAGAAUCAUUGGAUAGUUGAUAAUAUGCCAGUCACUUGGUGCUAUCCUCUGGAAGAUGGGCGUCAGUACUGUAGUACUGGCUUUCCCAUAGGUUGCUUCAAAGGAGAAGCUGCUUAUCAAGAAAAUACUUGCAGUAUUAACGAACCUUCUAUGAAACCACAAACUUAUUAUGUAUUCAAUCAUGUGGAUUUGACAAUAACAUAUCACAGUGGUGCUAAGGAAGAUUGGGGUGCAGGUUUCAAAGAUAAUGGUGGUCGAAUAAUAUCUGUCAAAGUUAAGCCACGAAGUAUCAAACAUAAUCCCCAAGCAAUAUCUCCAAACUGUAAUGGAGCAGAACCAUUAGACCUACCUUCUGGAACGUCGUUCAGUAAUACAAUAUCCAUAACUUACACGUAUUCCGUUACCUAUGUGAUGAAUAAUACCAUUAAAUGGUCAUCAAGGUGGGAUUACAUUCUCGAAUCUAUGCCGCACACGAAUAUUCAAUGGUUUAGUAUUCUAAACUCUUUAGUGAUCGUCCUAUUCCUCUCUGGAAUGGUAGCAAUGAUCAUGCUACGGGCAUUGCAUAAAGAUAUAGCACGAUACAACCAGGCCUACUUCCAGAUAGAAUCCGGUGAGGAUGCCCAGGAAGAAUUUGGAUGGAAAUUGGUGCAUGGCGAUAUUUUUCGACCACCGAGAAAAGGAAUGUUACUCUCUGUUCUUCUGGGUUCAGGAGUUCAAGUAUUUUUCAUGACCCUUGUUACUCUAGCUUUUGCGUGUCUUGGAUUUCUGUCACCUGCCAAUAGAGGAGCUUUAAUGACAUGUGCAAUGGUUCUGUACGUGUGUCUUGGUAUUGCAGCCGGUUAUGUAUCUGCACGCAUCUACAAGAGUUUUGGUGGUGAAAAAUGGAAAUUCAACGUACUGCUUACGUCUAUGUUGAGUCCAGGAAUCGUCUUCAGUCUUUUCUUCAUAAUGAAUCUGAUCUUCUGGGCUAAGGGUAGUUCAGCAGCUGUACCAUUUAGCACCCUGAUUGCAUUAUUGGCAUUGUGGUUCUGCGUGUCUGUUCCAUUGACAUUUAUUGGCGCAUAUUUUGGAUUCAGGAAAAGGCCUUUGGAACAUCCUGUAAGAACUAAUCAGAUACCGCGACAGAUACCAGAACAGAGUUUUUAUACACAGGCCAUACCUGGUGUAGUACUAGGUGGUGUACUUCCCUUUGGUUGUAUAUUCAUACAACUCUUCUUCAUACUCAAUUCUCUUUGGUCCAGUCAGAUGUAUUACAUGUUCGGAUUCUUAUUCCUGGUGUUCCUUAUACUUGUCAUUACUUGCUCUGAAACAACAAUUUUGUUGUGUUACUUCCAUCUGUGUGCAGAGGAUUAUCAUUGGUGGUGGCGAAGUUUCCUAACACCUGGUUUUGCAGCCUUCUAUCUUCUAAUAUAUUGUAUACACUAUUUCAUUACAAAACUCAACAUAGAAGAUGGAGUUUCGACUUUUCUCUAUUUCGGUUACACGCUCAUCAUGGUAUUCCUGUUUUUCUUGUUAACAGGAACCAUCGGUUUCUUUGCUUGUUUCUGGUUUGUACGAAAAAUUUACAGUGAAGUUAAAGUCGAUUAAAGUGUAAGGUGGAUCUAUUUUAUCGACUUUUCGGAAAAUUGUUUCAAUUUUUAUAGUCAGCAAAAUUAUUUAAAUGACAUUCAAACAAAAAAUAUGGGGGGUAGAAGACAUCCGACAAAAACUAAACUAAUAUGUGGUAUGGUUAAGGUAAAGUGGCAUAAAAAGUAAUCUACUGCAACGGCUCAGCAUAGAACAUGUGAACUGCAAGUUAUUAAUAUUUCGUAUUGAAACUCCGUAAUUGAUUAAACACGCGUAGACAAUUAUAUCGAUACAGUGUAUUGGUGAAAAAAAUUGUCACUGACCGGGCUAGAAUAAGCUCAUCAUUUUCAAGAAAAAUGUAAAGAAGAAGCAUGAAUGAUGCGUUUGUAUAAAUAACUAUUUAAAGAAAUGAGAAAUUCGCAUGGAUUCAGUUUUUACCAUCAUAAAAUUUGAAAUAUUGCGAAUGCAACAUGCUCAUGAUUUGAGAUUGUUGGUGACACGAAUUAUAGUUGGGCUGUGAAAGCAGUGAUUUUUGUUUAUCAUCUUUCUACGGGUUCAAAUAUGAGUCCCCUGAAUGUAUCGUUCAUAUUGCAGCCUACCUGUAUAUACACUGGACGUUUGAAACAACUAUUCGUUAAUUUUAUUACUAAUUUUUUCUGAUUCCAUGUUAUACUGUUUUUUGUUUUUUUAGUCAAGUCCCAAGAAGAUGCAAAAUAAAAACUUGUGUAAAGUCGACUUGGCACUUUUUAAAAGUAUUAUUUUCAAAAAUUUUGCUGACUUGUACUGUCAAAUGAUAGAAUGGAGAGACAGGAAGGGCGAAAGAAUGUUUGUACAAAUUGGCUAUUAAUAAUUAUAACCGAAUGAUACUAUUAAUUAAUAGCUCCUAAUCUAUCUUGUUAAACCCUUAACUUUAAUAAUUGCAAAGGUACUUUAUUAUAAGAGCUAAAACGAAUACGCACUUAUCGAUUUUUAAAGUAAAAAUUGGAUACAGCAGAGUAAAUACAAAGGAAUAGCACAGAAAUAAAAAAAAAACAGUAUUUCAA